CGGACGCGGAGCGGGGCGGGGCGAGUAGCGGCGCGCGGCCGCGCUCCCGGGGCUGGAUGGCCUGGGUGGGGCUGGCGGGCUGGCCCUGGCCGCCCCGGGACCCCGUCUGCUGGGCGCUGCUGGCGGCCGCCGGGCUCUUGCUGGGGCUCUACUGGCUGCUGAGCCGCCCGCCCCGGGGGCUCCCGCCGGGCCCCAGAGCCUGGCCGCUGGUGGGCAACUUCGGCUUCGCGCUGCUGCCCGGGCCGCUGCUGCAGAAGUGGCAGGGGGGCUCCCGGACGCUCUCCCCGCACCUGCUCCUGACCGGCCUGGCCAAGGUCUACGGCAGCGUCUUCAGCCUCUUCGUGGGCAGCCGCCCCAUGAUCGUGCUCAGCGACUUCGAGGCGGUGCGGGAGGCGCUGGUCAGCCAGGCCGAGGUGUUCAGCGACCGGCCCAGCAUCCCCAUCGUGGCCAUGCUCACCAAGAAGAAGGGUGUUGUUUUUGCACCAUAUGGUCCAGUCUGGAGGCAACAGAGGAAGUUUUCUCACUCAACUCUUCGUCAUUUUGGAUUAGGAAAGCAUAGCCUGGAACCCAAAAUCAUUGAAGAAUUAAAGUAUGUGAAGGAAGAAAUGCUAAGAUAUGGAAAGGAUCCAUUUAACCCCUUUCCCAUUAUCAGCAACUCUGUGUCCAAUGUUAUCUGUUCUUUGGCCUUUGGCAGGCGCUUUGACUAUGAAGACAUUGAGUUUAAGACCAUGCUAAAUCUCAUGUCACGUGCGCUAGAGAUUAGUGUAAACAGCCGUGUACUUCUGGUCAAUAUUUGUCCUUGGCUGUAUUAUCUUCCCUUUGGCCCUUUCAGAGAACUGAGACAAAUUGAGUUGGAUGUCACAGCUUUUCUAAAGAAAAUAAUUGCACAGCACAGGGACACCCUGGAUAGAGAAAAUCCCAGGGACUUCAUCGAUAUGUAUCUCCUCCAAGUGGAAGAAGAGAGAGAGAGCAACAGUCAGAGCAGCUUUAACGAAGAGUACCUGUUUUUUAUCAUUGGUGACCUCUUCAUCGCAGGCACUGACACCACUACCAACACAUUGCUUUGGUGUCUGCUCUAUAUGUCGCUCUACCCAGAAAUACAAGAAAAGGUUCAUGCAGAAAUUGAACUGGUCAUCGGGCGUGACAGAGCUCCUUCUCUCACUAACAAGGCUCAUAUGCCUUUCACAGAGGCAACCAUCAUGGAGGUGCAGAGGAUGACUGUGGUUGUUCCUCUUUCUGUUCCUCGAAUGGCCUCAGAAACUGCUGUGCUACGGGGAUAUACUGUUCCUAAGGGCAGUGUGAUUGUGCCCAACUUGUGGUCAGUGCACAGAGAUCCAAACGUAUGGGAGAGACCAGAUGACUUCCAACCAACAAGAUUUCUGGAUGAAAAUGGCCGGCUAAUCAAAAGAGAAACGUUCAUUCCUUUUGGAAUUGGUAAACGUGUGUGCAUGGGAGAGCAGCUGGCAAAAAUGGAGCUGUUCUUGAUGUUUGUAAAUCUCAUGCAAAAUUUCAUCUUUUUGUAUCCUGAGACUGCUACAAAACCAGCCAUGGAAGGAAGAUUUGGUCUAACUUUAGCUCCAUUUCCAUUCAAUAUAAUUGCUUUGAAGAGAUGAAGAAAUGUCAAAAAAGACUAAAUGAAGAGAUACUGCAAUUAGCAAAUUUAGCUUUAUAUUUUUAUCAUUCUAAGUUAUGAAAACAUAUUCAAUAAAAAUGAUUGGUGAACAUUCCUUGAUUAUGAACUAGUAACUCAAGGUUAGCUGCUGAAUUCCAAAAGUGACUUGAUGAGAGCAUGUCAGCCAAUUUAAUAUUCUUCGCCUUUUUAUUUCUUUAAGAUACAGUUACCCAAUCUGCUAACGUUAAUUUUGGGGCAAAGGACCAAAAUAACACAUGACGCUUUACAAGUAUCAAGUGUCAUUUUGGUCACUAUGUUCUCAAAGUGUUUUGUGUAUACACUUGCCAAAUAAAAGGAAGGACGUGAUCAACUAAAUACUAAAGGAAGCAUUAAAUGAUUUAAGUGAUUUGUAUGUUUGUAUGAAGAAACAUGGUGACUAAAUGCUAUGUUGCUGAAGAGUGUUAGAAAUGACAAGAACAGGGAUACUCAGACUAAGGCUCACAAGUGGCUCUUUAAUGUUUCUGCUUCGGCUCUUUGCAGCACUAGAUAUUAAAACUGUGUGAUUUAAUUAUUAACCAAUCAGGAUGCUUUCACUAUGUUAUUAACCAUAACAGUUGUCAUUUGGUCAGUCAUUUUGCUGUGAGAACUACAUAUAAUAAACUAUAUAUUUGUAUGUCAUACUAUUUAAAUCUGAAUGUUUUGAAACCAUGAAUUCACACUACUGUGGCUCUUUUGGAUAAUGUCAAUUGCUACUUUGGCUCCUGAACCACUGAGGUCUGAGUAUCACUGGACGAGAUGACACUUUCUGUAACUUGAGAGGAUUUUUUAUUUUUUAAUUGAAGUGACUUCUAACUUAUAGGUAGGGCCAAAACAAAAUGCCUCACUGGAUCCUGGAUCAGAACACUCCUGAGUAUUGGGACUUCUUGAAAAUUCAGGUUCACACUCCAAGGAGAGCCCUAUCUCAUGCUCUUUUUGGGUAUGUCUACACAGCCAAUAGGAGUGAGCUUUUGAUCGAGUCGAUAGACUCGAGCUCACGCUACUGUUCUAGAAAUAGCUCUAUAGACAGAGCUUAAGUUGUGGGUUGGCAUCUUCCGCCCCACCCCUCCCCCAGGUUUAAGAGCCUGAGCCCCAGCUUGAGUUGCAAUGUUGUCAUAAAUAUAAAAGGAAGGGUAACCACCUUACUGUAUACAACGCUAUAAAAUUCCUCCUGGCCAGAGGCAAAACCCUUUCACCUGUAAAGGGUUAAGAAGUUAAGGUAAUGCCGCUGGCACCUGACCCAAAAUGGCCAAUGAGGGGACAAGAUUCUUUCAAAUCUGGGGAUGGGGAACAAAGAUUUUGGUCUGUCUGUCUGAUGCUUUUGCUGGGAAUAGAUCAAGAAAGCAGCCUUACAACACCUGGAAAGUUAGUAAGUAAUCUAGCUAGAAAAUGCAUUAGAUUUUCUUUUGUUUAAUGGCUGGUAAAAUAAACUGUGCUGGAUGUAAUGUA